UGCUGAGCCUCCGUCCGGUCAGAGGAGUGAACAUCUGCUGCAGCUGGUUUCCUCCUCUCUCCUCUCAGGGGGUUGGAGGAGCUGUCAGAGAGAGGAGGUGGAGGAGGUGGUGGAGGUCUGAAGCUGUAGUUCAUUCUCUGGACCGUCAACAUGUUUGGACCAGUCAUGUCUUCCUCGGUCGCCCUCUCUCUCCGUUGUGCAGCUUCUGGUUGUCAAGGAAUCAGACGCUCCAUAGCAACCGUCAUCUCCGGCAACAAGACUUCCAAGUUGGUGAGGAACAGACUGAAGGAGGAGGUGGACAAGAUGACGAGUCAGUUCUCUGGGUUCAGGCCUGGUCUGGUGGUUCUACAGGUGGGCGACAGAGACGACUCCAACCUUUACAUCAGCUCCAAACUGAGGGCAGCAGCCGAGAUUGGAAUCGAUGCGAAACACGUGAGGCUUCCGAACACAGCGACGGAAGACGAGGUGUUGCGGAGCAUCAUGUCCAUCAACGAGAACCCGUCGGUCCACGGUCUUAUCGUCCAGCUUCCUCUGGACUCCGUCAACCACAUUGACUCUGAGCUCAUCACCAACUCCGUGUCUCCAGAGAAAGACGUGGACGGUCUGAGCUGCAUCAACGCCGGGAAGUUGUCACGAGGAGAUCUGAGCAACUGCUUCAUCCCCUGCACCCCCAACGGCUGCAUGGAGCUCAUCAGACAGACAGGUGUGUCUGUGGCAGGAAAACACGCCGUCGUCAUCGGUCGCAGUAAAAUUGUCGGCGCUCCGAUGCACGACCUGCUGCUGUGGAACCACGCCACCGUGACCACCUGCCACUCAAAGACGCCCGACCUGCCUGGACAGGUGGGGAGGGCUGACAUCCUGGUGGUGGGGGCGGGCCGAGCUGAGAUGGUGAGAGGUGAUUGGCUAAAGGACGGCGCUGUGGUGAUCGACUGUGGAAUCAACCACGUCCCAGACGAGACGAAGGCCGGAGGUAAACGGGUGGUGGGAGACGUCCACUACGCCUCAGCCAAUCAGAGGGCAGGAUUCAUCACGCCCGUCCCAGGAGGGGUGGGGCCUAUGACGGUGGCCAUGCUCAUGGAGAACACGGUGCAGAGCGCACAACGUUUCCUCCUCAGGAGGUGAAACAGGAAGAGGAGGAGGAGGAGGAUUCAACGCUUUCAGUUCCUCUGUUAAAUAAUUUGUGAACUUAAUCAUGUUAAUGAAACUUUAAUCAAAAACUUUAAACAGGAAGUUAUGAAAUAACUGUUGAAAUAAACAUUAAGAAGAAAUUA